CAAAGAGGGGGUUCUUCCCUUUUAUCAAGGUCAUGAUGAUCCUCUUCAACCUGGCCAUAUUUCUCAGUGGUGGGACCCUCCUGGGAGUUGGCAUCUGGGUCACAGUGGAUGAUAAGUCAUUCUUGGAAAUAUUUGGGCCGCUCUCCUCUAGCGUCCUUCAGGUUGUGUAUGUGAGCUACUUCCUCAUCGCCAUUGGUGCCAUCCUGCUGGUAAUCGGCUUCCUUGGGUGCUACGGUGCCCAGAAGGACAGCAAAUGUCUCCUGAUGAUGUUCUUCUCGGUGGUGUUGAUCAUCUUCAUUGCUGAAAUUGCUGCUGCCGUGGUGGCUCUGGUUUACACCGGUCUUGCAGAGACGCUGCUGACUGCUGUGGUCACCCCCCUCCUGAAAGAGAAGUAUGGGCAAGAUGCUGGCUUCACGCACAUCUGGAAUGUCACCAUGGAAGAGGUCCAUUGCUGUGGCCUGAAUAACUACACAGACUUCACCGACUCAACCUUCUAUAAUGACUACAGACUCUACCCAGAGCCCUGCUGUGACAACAAGAAGCCCUGCAAUGAAACGUUUGCUGCAGAAAGCAAUGUCCCGGGUUGUUUUGAUCAGCUUUUGGAAGAAAUCAAGACUAACGCAGGUGCGGUGGGUGGUGUGGCAGCCGGCAUCGCUGCCUUGGAGAUCGCGGCCAUGGCGGUUUCCAUGUACCUGUACUGCAAACUGGAUCAGAAAUGA